AUGUUCCAUUUACACGUUCUUAAAGCUCUUCCAAAUCUGUAUCCACAUGGAUUACAAGCACAAGAUGCCGCCCUGGCUAAACAAGACGAUGCUUUUACGACAAUUAACAUCAAUUUUGAAUUUCCGUUUUUUGGGAAAACCUUCUCUCAGAUUCACAUAAGCACAAAUGGAAUUAUUUUUUUCGGACAAGGUAGCACUCAAUACGUGCCAACUCCUUUUCCAAUUAACGGUACACUAUCGGUUGCAGCAUACUGGGUUGACAGUGAUCCAAGAAUGGGUGGUGAUAUUUAUUACAGAGAAGAAUUUGAUCCUGCUAUAUUGAAUCAAAUAAAUAGAUUUAUAAAAAGUAAAUUUGUUCAGUUUAAUACGUUCACGAGCUCAUGGUCACUUAUUGUAACGUUUAGCAACGUCUCUAGAUAUGAUUGUCAAGGAAGUGCCGAAUAUCCAUGUCAAAACGUAGUCAACCAUCAAACCAUCCUAACUAGCAACGGCAUACAUUCGUUUGUAAUCUUCCUUUACGACAGACUGGAAUAUUCAAAUGCUCAGAUUGGAUUCAAUGCCGGUGAUGGAAAAAGAUUUUACCAGGUUGAUUACUCUAAUACGGUUAAUAUAUCAAAAUACGCUUUAGAAAAUAGUAAUGUUGGUUCUCCAGGA